UAACGACUCCGGGAGAUAAGAACACGGGAUAGACGAAAGCAUAAGCACAGAAUAGAUUGAAUUUAGUCUAGUCCGCUACUCAAUAAUACUAUUUUAAAAAUAUUCUGUUAAAUCGACGAAUUCGGUAGUGAAAAUAACUAAAAUUCAGUUAUUCAUGAACGGUUUUACGAUGCUAAAUUAUCGAUUUUAAAGAGUUGAUUAAUUUGAUUUUUGAAUAUUUUUUUUUCAUUAUAACAACUCAAAUCUGUAAUCCUUUAGUGUUUAGUUAACAGCACUUAGUUUGACCUCACAGACUAAACAACUAACGUUUUUACCACAAUGCCAGCGUUUAAUUUCAGCGGACCCGCAGAGAUAUUAAGAGCCGAACAAAAAGAUGAAGAACAAUGUGAAAAAAUCAACAGACAAUUAUCUGAAUUUUUAUUAAAACUUAAAGGUCAUAUUUUCAUUAAUAAAAACAGGAAAACCAUAUUAUGUGCGUCACAAAUGCUUUACUAUGGGCUCACCACUCUGUCUAGAUUACAGACAUUGGGAGAGGAAUACACCAGGAUUGUACAAGUUGGAAAAACCGGCAGACACAUUCCAGGAUUUAUGCAAACUAUUGGAAUGCUUUCGAUGUUUAUUAUUGGAGAUCAACUCAUACUACGUUGCAUAGACUAUAUCGCCGAUUAUAUACAAGCCAAUGAAUCCAUAACCGAAACUGCGAAACAUCAAAUAAUUCACACUUUGAAAAUAGUUAAAUCCAUACUGCCGAUCGUUCAAAGUUUUAACCGAGUGUUGUUCUAUUGGAACGCUUCUUUUUACACAUGGUCAAAACGCUUUUUCAACAUCCGAUACAUAUUUGCUGUUCCGUGGUAUCGUCCUUCACAAUCUUUGCACGUAUUUAAAAUACUCAGCAUAGUCUCGGCUAUUCAUAUCAGCACACUUAUGUUAGUUUCUUUGUCAAAAAGUAAUGAUACCGAAACCACAGACGACGAUGUAGUAACUGAACCAACGUCAGACAGUAACAAAUGUUCACUUUGCUUGGAAAUGAGAACUCAUACUUCGCUGGCCGUUUGUGGUCAUUUGUUCUGCUGGAAUUGCAUACACGAAUGGUUGCAAACUAAUAAAUUUUGUCCGUUGUGUCGCAAAGUCCUGGACCCCAGGAAAAUCAUACCAUUGCAAAAUUAUGCUUAAAUAAUAUUGAUAGAGAUAUUUGUUUUUACUUACGGAACAUGUUUGGUGAUCUGUACAAUUUUUGGGGAUAACAUAUAUUUUUUUAUAGAAUAACAUAUUACAUAAUUGUAUGUAUUAAUCGCAUUUGUAUGACAAGAACAGGCCAACACGGUCAUCAUUUCCCCUCUAUCUAAAUAAAUGGAUGUACGAUUAAAAGUUAAAUAUAUACUUAGGUGUAACGAAAAGUGAUUUGUAUAUAAUGAAUUAUUAUUUAAUGAUAAUUAAAUGUAAAUACUAUUGAUUAACCGUUUUCUUUAUAAUGUAUAUUGUAAUAUCUGGAACUUAUGUGUACUCUGUUAAUAAUAAGGUACGAAUUGUAAAAUAAUAAAUUCACCUAAAACACA